CAAACAAACAACCAACAACAAAAGGAAAAGAGGGAAAAAGCAAAAAAAAACCCACCAAAAAAAAAGCCAAGCUUUUUCUUCUCUCCUCUUCCCAAAAUCUCAACGCCAACAAAUUCUGGUUUCAGAGUGCUCUGAUGACACCGACAUUAGAGGAACACGACUACAUAGGCCUCUCCGAGGCCUCCUCCAACAACUCCGCCGUCAGCUCCGCCGCCGGCAAGCUCACCAGUUUGAAGCAGACGGAGCUCCGCCUGGGCUUACCCGGAUCCGAGUCCCCUGAGCGCGUUAGCGGGUCGGGUCUCACUCUAGGGAUCAACCUUAAAGGGUUCGGGUCUGGGUCCAAAAGGGGUUUCUCUGAUGCGCUCGAUGGCUCCCCAAAUUGGGGUUUUAAUGGCGGUAAAGGAUCUGAGCUGGAGCUGUUCUCGCCUAAGAAAGGGGAGGGUGGAGGAGGAGCUAAGGAUUUGGAGAAGAAGAAGACUGUUACUAACUCGGCGCCAGUUGCGAAGGCACAAGUAGUGGGAUGGCCACCAAUCCGAAACUCCCGUAAGAAUAUAAUGGCUACAAACAACAACCAAUCAAAGAACAAGGAAGAUGCUGAUGGAAAACAAGGUUCAGGAUGUCUCUAUGUGAAAGUUAGCAUGGAUGGAGCUCCUUAUCUUAGGAAAGUAGAUCUCAAAACAUAUUCGAACUAUAAGGAGCUUUCCCUAGCCCUGGAGAAGAUGUUCAGCUGCUUUACUAUAGGUCAAUGUGGUUCAAAUAGUAUACCAACCAAGGAUGGUGAUGGAUCUGAAAAUGUCCUUACCUAUGAAGACAAGGAUGGGGAUUGGAUGCUUGUUGGAGAUGUUCCAUGGGACAUGUUCACUGCAACCUGUAGGAGGCUGAGGAUCAUGAAGGGUUCGGAUGCAAUUGGACUUGCUCCGAGGGCAUCGGAGAAGCGCAAGAAUCGAAGUUGAUCACUUCAAGCUGAAAAUUCAAGCACAAGCAUACCAACUAAUUCAAAAGGGCUCUUCUCGAAACCAAAAUGGUUUUAAGGUUUUUUAAAAAUGCGUCCUAUUAUAUCUCUUGCGGUUUGUUACCUACGUUGAACAAAACCUUAAUUUAGCUUCCUAUGAUUUCUCAAGGGUAAAACCUUAUUAGAUUGUUGUUCACCUUACUAUGUGUAAAUCGUGUGGUUGCUUCUUAUUCCAGACUGAUACAUUUUCAGCAAUGUUUGUGCUCAGUUUGUGUUAAAUUCUGCGAUUGCCUUUACUUCGGAGGUGUAGUGAAAAUUGAUGGUUAUAAUUUUA